AGAAAGAGAGAGAAGGAAGGAAGGAAGGAAAGAAAGAAAGACAGGGAUGGAGGGAGGGAGAGGGAGAAACAAGAAAGAAAAAGAAGGAUGUUGAGGUUCCUGUGAGUGUUGAUAAGGGAUAUCUAACAUUGGCAGUCAUAUAAAACAGUCACGCUCUUUCAGAUAGUGUCAUGUCUGCAUGCGUGCAUUAUUAUUAUUAUUUUUUUCUCCUUUCACUUUCCCCAAACACUCCUAUAUUCCCCGAACAAGGCUGGAGGAAUCAAGAGCUUUUUAUGGUAUUUUUUCUUUCUCUCUCUCUUUGUCUCUUUUGAACUGUUAUAGCGUUGGGUUUUCGGCCUUUUUGCAGCAUGAUUUGAACUAGCAACCAUGGAUUUUUCACGGCUUCACAUGUAUAACCCUCCCCAGUGCCUGCCAGAGAACACUGGCUAUACUUAUGCCCUCAGUUCAAGUUACUCGUUGACCGCCCUAGAGUUCGAGACCGCGCACAAGUUGGACCCUGUCUUUGACUCACCAAGAAUGUCAAGGCGCAGCUUACGUUUGUCUGCAGCGGGUAAAGACGAAGGUCUCCUCGGAAGUGGCAGCACCUAUGCUGGGAAGAAGAUGUUUGCAGAUCAGUCACCCCAGAUGAACAAACAGCAUAAAACUACAAUGAGACAGUCCAGUUCGGUAAGAACCACUUCAAGGAGAAAAAUGCUGGGCUCUGCUGCUUUUAGCCACAGUAGUUUCAGCAGCCGCACAAGUGAUGGGUCUUAUGUCUCAACCUUACUGGACGAGUCUUCAAUAAAGGAACAGACGACUGUUGACCAUUUCUGGGGUCUCGAUGACGAUGGGGACCUCAAAGGUGGGGAGACGACUUCCAUCCAGGCCAAUGGUGAUAUUGCCACAAUGGAGAAGCAGGCUGAACUCAGCAAUGGAUACACCUGCCACGACUGCAGCAUGCUUUCCGAACGGAAGGAAGCCCUUACAGCCUACUCAUCAUCCUCCAUGCCAACCUCAAGAGUUUACUCUAGGGAUCGAAGCCAAAAAUACAAAUCCUGGGGUCUCCUUUACUACCGCAGUAAGGUCCUGCAAGCAGCCAAGCACGCCACAACAUCUUUCACAACUCUCAUAGUACAGCUGUUUCAGAUGAUCUUCCUGAAACUGGGCUAUGACUGUACAGCUCACUCUAAUUACUGUGGAAGCAUGAAUGUAAAAGAAUUUCUCAGGGAUGAAAGCCACUUGGGUAUGAACGGAGAGUCCAUGUGUGAUGACUGUAAGGGGAAGAAACACCUUGAAACAUACACAACAGCCCACUUGCAAUCCUCGCGGUCCAAAAGGAUAGCAAGAAGCAUGUGGCACAUCUUUUCAUACCCAGGUUACUUCUUACUCCAUAUGUUGCAAAGAAUGAGAACAGCAGGAUGGCUUGUGACCCGGAAGAUUUUGUCUCUCCUUUGGCUGGCUGUUGUGACCCCAGGGAAAGCGGCCACAGGGGCAUUCUGGUGGCUCGGCACUGGAUGGUAUCAGCUCGCGACCCUAAUUUCUCUGCUGAAUGUUUUUCUCCUUACAAGAUGUCUUCCAAAGAUGUUCAGAUUGCUGCUGUUCUUUCUCCCCCUGCUUUUACUGCUUGGUUUAUGGUGCUGGGGUUCCGAAGAUUUCCUUUCAUUGUUACCAGCUUUGAACUGGACAAGCUUACUCAGAAUGUCCAGGUGGGAAGACUCUGUAAAGAGAGUUGCACCUGAACCUCAUUCAGGCCCCCCUGGUCAGUUUCCAGAGGUGACUAUGAAGUUCUUUGAUGCAGAUCGUGUAAGUGAGCUGGAGAAACAAAUGGCCCAGUUAUCUGAGAGGUGGCGUCACCAGGAUGAAGAAUACAAUAAAAUGCUACUUCUGGUCCAAAGCUUUCAGGAACAAGUCACCCAAAUGAACGACCGAAGUGAAAUGUUGGUACUCGUCAAAAACAUUGUGAGCCAGCAUCUUACAAAGGCCAAAUCAGAUGGAACGGCACACUCAGAGCAUUUUUUGACUUUGCAUCAAGAGCACGAAUGGCGCCUUGCAACUUUAGAAAGUCUUCUGGCAAAACUCUCGGAAAAAUCAGAGGGUCUCCAGAAAGAAUUCGAAUUAACCAAAGCAAAAACAAUGAGUGACAUGGAUGAGCACAGCCAGAGCCUUCUGUCCAAGAUGAAGCACCUAGAAGUUGAACUGGCGCGUCUAAAGACAGAGUUGCUGAGUUUACAGGAUGUGAAAAGCUGCUGCAACACGAUAGACGCCCUUCACCAAAAGGUUGAUGCCCAGAUUAAAGAAUCAAUCAGGGUUAUGUUUUCAGGCGAUCUGAAAGGCGAUUUCCCAGAAUCCAUGCUUCAGUGGCUAACUUCCAGAUUUGUGACCAAAACGGACCUACAGGUUUUGUUGCGAGAUCUGGAGAUGCAAAUUCUCAGGAACAUCACUCUCCAGAGGUCGAUCGCAAAUUCCAGGGUGACCACAGAGAUAGUGACAAAUGCUGUCAACGAAGCUGGGAUUGUAGGCAUCACGGAAGCGCAAGCACAGGUCAUUGUCAACAACGCCCUGAGACUCUACUCCCAAGACAAAACAGGCAUCGUGGAUUUUGCUUUGGAAUCCGGAGGUGGCAGCAUUUUGAGCACUCGCUGUUCAGAGACCUACGAAACCAAAACGGCGCUGCUGAGCCUCUUUGGAAUUCCCUUGUGGUAUUUCUCCCAAUCGCCCCGCGUAGUGAUCCAGCCUGACAUGUACCCUGGAAACUGCUGGGCUUUCAAAGGAUCACAGGGUUACCUGGUGAUCAGGCUUUCGAUGAUGAUUUAUCCAACAUCUUUCUGCCUGGAACACAUCCCAAGAUCGCUUUCACCCACAGGCAAUAUUACCAGCGCCCCGAAGGAUUUCUUAGUCUACGGUCUUGAAAAUGAAUAUCAAGAAGAGGGAAUACUUCUGGGCCAGUAUACAUACGAUCAGGAUGGAGAACCAUUACAGAUGUUUCCGGUCUCGGAGACAACUGAUAAAGCAUUCCAAAUAGUGGAACUAAGAAUAUUUUCCAAUUGGGGUCAUGCAGAAUAUACGUGCCUCUAUCGCUUCAGAGUGCACGGGCAAACUGCUGAAUGAACACUACGCUUAUUUUCCUACACUGGUUAUACAUCAUUUCUGUUUUUAAGUUUAUAAAGGGAAAUUUUGAACACUGGAAUCUUUAAAAAGAUGAAGAUGUGUAAUGUCCAACAGGUUGUGUUACUCUUUCCUGGCUAAACGUAGAAGAUUGCCAACAAAAUUGUAUCCCAAACCUAAUGGUUAUUUGCUCAAGAUGCUCAGCUUGUAACUGCCAGACAGCUUUAUGUUUUUAAUGUGUUCUUUCCGAAGGGGGGGAAAAAAACCCCGCAUGCCAACUGCUCUCAUUCCUAAGCCCAAUUAGCAAAUCACUAACCCCUCUUUUAAUAAAUCAGAAGAUAAACCUUUUAAAUUUUUCCUUUUGACCGUUAGGAAUCUGGUAUUUUUAUUUUUAUUUUUAUUUUUUUAAAAAUAUUGGGACUCUCCUCUGCACCUGGAUGUGAUUAAGAUAACAAGGACUGUUGGUGAAAUUUAGCAUGUUCUGUUGUUUAUGCAGUUCCCAAUCAGAUGAAGGUUUGUUUGCAAUUCCAGCACAAGCUUUGAAACUAAGGUCUAUUACCACUGCUCAGAGUGUUGCUUGACAAAACUGCUUCAUCCUUGAAGCUACUUCAUCACUUCCAGUCAUUUCCGUGCAACAUUUAAUUCUUAGGUUGAAGUUUCUGAUUUCAACUGAAGUUUGCUUUUAUAUCCAUCUUCCAGGUUUAGAAUGCUUUCCCUUAAAUAUAUAUUAGUAAACAAAAAAAACAUCCUUUAUUUUAACAUCCAAAUGAAUAUCAGUAGUGAUUGUUUUAACGUAGAAAGGGCUUGAGUCUAAUUUGAUGGGUUCUAGUAAGAAAUAGGGAUGGAGUGUGAAUUGGUAAGUUGCCUCGUGUGCCGAAGGCAAAAUAUCUCCCAUGUGUUAGCAGCGAGGGAAACAGGUGGAUUAAGGACUUUGUUACAUGGAGAAUGGUUUGGAUGGAAUUGAAUUAGACAGAUCCAGAAUAGUAGUUGGCUACCAUGUGAUGGGAGAUAAUGAAAAGGAAAUGUAGAGAUGGAGUCAGGCGUAGAAGAUUAAAGUAGGAACACUAAACGUCAAAAGAAAGCAGUUUGCCAGUAAAAUUCAGGCCUGGAGCUUAUUCGCACGUUGGGUUUUGUGCAGUUUACUCUUCUCAGAGUUCUCUUUGGGAUUGCUGCUAAUCUCUGAAAAUUCAGGGGAAGCUUCACAAGGCCGAAUAUAUGGGAAACCACAAAAGGCACUGUUUUGAAUCGGUUCUCCAAAAAAAGGAUCUAUUUACUUUUUUUUUUUUAAAGCAUGCAUAUGCACAUGAUAAAAAUGGGCUAUCAAAUUCAAGAUGGCACCUGGAGCAAUUAUUAGAUUCUAUGGGGAAUUUCCCUUAAAGUCAUUGUUCAGAAUCCCUGGCAAUUCAGCUUCCUUUUUUAAAAUUUAAUUUUGAAAUGUUGUCAGGAUCUGGCUCAAAAAGCUUUUUUUUUUUUCCUAUGAAAAUGGUACUUUCCUGGGAUUUUGGAAGGUAAACUCUGAUUUCAGAAAAAAGACAUGCUGAUAUUUUUUUUUAUUUUUUCAUAUGUUGCACAAGAGUCCUGAGAUAUUUAUAAAAGCAAGUUUUAUUCUUGAAUACCACUUGUUCUGCUGCAUUUAGCUUAAACUAGAACCAGUGGCUAUUGAGAAAAGCUUAGUAAAACCUGUCAACAGUUUUUGAUUCCAAAUUAUCCUGUAUAAAUCCAGAUAGGGGAGGGCAGGGUUGGUUCGUUUGUUUUGCAUAACACUAACUUAUUUUUAAAAAAAUGAGAUAGGACUUUGUGCAAUGUAUUUUUGUAAAUGCUUUUUCAAAAUAUUUGUCUCUGGUAUCCUUUGCUGCCUCCUAACUGACCAGAAGCUAUUGAAAAAAGUUUAAGAAUUUUAAUUUUUGAAAGUGCAUGUAAUAUUUGGAAAUAAGAAUAAAGUUUCCUUUUGGAUAUUUA